UACAGCUAAUCUGAGUCAAAACCAACUACACUUCAGAGAACACAAGAAAUGAGAGCAGCGAUCAGACUUGCACACAAGGAGAAACAUUUUUAGAAUUUCUAGAACUUUUUGAACAAGGAAUUUCAAACUUACUUGAAAAAACAAAACAAAACAAGGAGUGCAUGUUGUGUUAGACAAAAGCUACGAAAAGAAGAGGACUACUGGAGUCACACCAUUGGAUCAGGAUGAGCAUGAAUGGCACUCUGGAGAAGGGGGCUCAUCACCAGGCCCUCGACCUCUCUGAAGAGCUCCCGACCAACAGCCAUAAUCACCAUCACAUUCACACCAGUCUCAAACACACAAACUCCUUGGCCUCCACUGUGCAAGCCAGGACCCCAGUAGGUGGGUCUGGAGUGGUUGUGCCGCCACCUUACUCUGCUGCAGAGGCUGGGAGAGGUGAAGCUCUGCUGGAGCUCCGGGGCUCUCUGGACUGCUGGGCGUGUUCAGUACUUGUGACAGCACAGAACCUGGUGAUCGCAGCCAUCAACGCCUGCCUGGCAGGGUUGGUUUUCGGGCUCAUCCUCACUCCUGCUAUUAUCAUGGUGGUGUUCGGCUUCAUCUGUCAUUCAACGGUGCGUUCACAGGGGUCAUCACUGUACUGCUCGGAUCUACUGACUGAUGGUGGAUGUGUGGCUCUGCUGGUUGUGGGAUUCUUGCUAGUGACUCCACUCCUGGUUCUGGCCUUGGCUGCGUACUACCGGCUUGCUUGUCACCUUCAGCUGGGUCUCUGUUUUAUUCCAUACAGUCGUGCCGUCUACAAGAACCUUCCAGCUACCCAGCAUCGAGGCUUGACAGGGGGCUGCUGUGGACAGCAAUCUGGGAAAGGAGAAAGGAAGGGGAAAGUGUGGGUGUAGAGAGAAGGACUAUACUCCUGUUGUACUGGAGAUAUGAAAAAAAAAGAAAAAAUUCCCACAUAAAAAUAUUGAAAUCUUUAUGACAGACAAAGGCAGGCAAAUUAACCGAUUUACAAAUUUUAAAGCCAUAUACAGCAUCUUUGUCUGAUCCUAUAUAUUUAAUGUGUUC